AUUCUUCCCAAAUCCUUAAAUCAAGUCCUCGUGACCCAAUCAAACCCAACCAAACCAUUCAUCAUGCGUUUUACUGCCAUCAUCGCCGCCACCUUGGCCUUCGCCAGCUCUGCCGCCGCCGCCGAGUGCGCCGCCGGUGCCACCGCCGAUUGCAAGCCCGGCUUCGACUACUGCGCUUCCACCCUGCAAGACAGAGGUGAUGCGGACUCUGCUAUCAAGGAUGCGUAUAGAAAGGCAGGCUAUGGUACUGGGACGAUCAACUUCCCCGGCCAGUGGUGGGGCACUCUUUUCCAUUGCAACGAUGACCAUACCUUGACGGUGGUGAAGAGCUGUGGUGGAGUCAAGUGUAAGGAUGGUGGUCUUAACAAGAACGACUACUGCGCGUCCAAGAGCUCCGGCUCGAUUUUCUAA